AUGCAGGCGGCGGCUGGCUGGGUUCUUGGGAUCCUCGCGUCCCGCUGGUCCGCGCCGGCGCCGCCCGCGGACCCGUCCUGCACCUGCGUCUUCAGCGGGCACGAGCCGAGCUCGGGCGUGCUGGACAUCCUCCGGGAGCAGCUCUCGCGCUGCGGCCCGGAGCACCUCGGGGCGGCCUGCCCCGCGUGCCCGGCCUGCGUCUGUCCGCAGUGCCCGGCCCCAGCGGCUCCGUGCGGGGCCUGGGCGCUCGCGGUCCUCGUCGGGCUCGCGAGCUUCGCCGCCGGCGUGGCCGCUGCGGCCGCCUGGCUGCUUCGGGCGGGGGCGCCUCGCGCCGUCCUGCCGCCGCUGGCCCUCGCGGAGGGCCCUGCUGGGGAGCGCGCGGGUGCGGCGACGCCGGCGACCCUCCAGCGAGUGCGGAGGGCGCUUGACGUGCCCUACGCCCAGUGCCUGGUGCGGUACGACGACGACGAGAACUUCCAGUGGCACCACAGGGUCCUCCUCGUCAAAGGGCCGGACCAAUGGUGGGUCUGGGUCACGCCCGACGGGGAGAUUGCGGCGGCCAACCUGGGUGGCUUGCGCGUGUGCGCCCUCCAGCGGGGGGGCGCCUUCCCCGACCGCCACCGGGGCAACAUGUACGUCUUCGACGAUGCCGACGUGGACGCCGCAGAGAUGCAUCAGUACUACCGCGAGGCGCGGGCGCUGGGGGACAUCCUCGGGUACCCUGCCUCGGCCGCCCCCCUCGCCGGGGACGAGCGCUGGUUCGUCUCGGACCCGACCUCGCUCCACUACGGGGAGGAGGUGCCCGCGGCCGCCAUGGGCAACGACGAGCUGCUCAUCCGCCGGGGCGAGGUGGGCCUUGUGUUCAUCGACGAUGUGUGGCAGACAGCGGUGCGGGUCGAGGCCGGCGGCUCCUUCGAGGAGUGGCAGGCUCGGGCUCGUGGAGGGCCUGGUCGCGACCCGCGCAUUGCCGGCGACGAGCGGGACGAGGAGAAGGACCGCUUCAUGAGCUUCCGCACCUCGGUCUCGAAGAUGCGCGAGCAGGCCGUCCCUGGGUGGCCCCUCAAGGGGAAACGGGCUACGCGCGAGGCUUGCCUCGCUCUUCGGGAUGCCGGACAGGAGGGUUGGGACGAACACCACACGACGUGGGUCAGGAGGUCCGGCAUCCCGGAGAAGAGCAACACCGCCCGCGAGCACCGGAUGCUCUGCUCGGUGCUCCGCAUCAUGCAGCAGUUCGACCAGCUCGACCUCUACAACGUGGCGGGGGUGGAGUACAUGGUGCGCCGCUUGAAGCAGCUCGAGGCCGCCACCAGGCGGAACCCGAGGCAGCCCGACUUCGACGGGCUCGACGUGGUGCUGGACGCCGCCAUCGACGAGUCCGGCGGCUUCGUGCUCCCGGCCUUCGACGCCUGGGUCGGCGAGCAGCAGCGGUCCGAGGCGGCCAUCAUGAAGGCGGGGAGGCAGUGGCGGGAGGAGACUUCGGCGGGCGGCUCGAAGGACAAGCCGCCGAAGCAUCCCAAGAAGGCCGUUCGCUCGAUCAACGACCUCUCCCGAGCCUCGGUCCACGGGUUCGGCAGCGUGCCAGCCCGUGGCUCCACCACGCCCGGCGCGCCCUCCGCCACGCAGGCCAGUUGCCUCGCUCACCUGCGUCGCAACAUCGGCCGGCACGGCCCGCGGCCGCCUGGGCUCACACCUCGCGGAGCCCUUCAGGAGCUCCUCAAGUCCGACUCGCUGUGCGCCGGGGCGCCCUCCAAGGUCGCACCCUACUGCGAGGACAAGCUCAAGUUCUGGAAGUCGAAGAUCGUCCCGAAGUGCGUCGAGGACAUCUGCCCCGACUUCGUCGUCCGCGCCUUCGCCGACCCCGAUCGGUACGUGCGGAAGCCGGACAGGGUCUUCCUGGCGGAUGCGGAGGGGCUCGACCCCAUCGUGCCCUACUGGGACCCUCACCUCGCUGGCUCGCCCGACGCGCGGGUCAGAUUCGUUCGCCGCCUGGCGGAGCGAGGCCUUGUCGGCUACCGUCGGCGCAUUCGUGCUCGCGUGGGCUGCUUCUUCGUCGAGAAGAAGGGUGGGUUCAUCAGGCUCGUGGUCGACGCCCGCGAGACGAACCGGACCCACUGGAGUCCUCCGCACGCUGCCCUCGGGACCCCGGCCGCGCUCGCGGAGCAGGACUGGUCGGACGCCGCCCUGGGAGCCUCCGACGCGGCCUCGGCGCCCGCCAUCUACGGUGCCUCGCUCGACCUGGCCGACAGCUUCUACCAGUUCUGCUCGGACGCCCUCGCGGAGGACUUCGGCAUGGACUACCCCGAGCCCGCGUCGGUGUACGGGGCGACGCACGUCUGGGAGGACGGCCGCCUCAUCCCCGUCGGCGCCGACGAGGUGGUGUUCCCCGCCUUCCGUGGCGUCGCCAUGGGCUGGAGCUGGGCUCUUUGGGUCGUUCACUCCUCGGUCACUUCGUGGGUGGGUCACGCGCUCUCGGGCGGGCCUGCGAGCCUCGUCUUGGACCGUCAGCCGCCGCGCCCGGCGGCACCGGGCAGGCCCGCCGGCUCCGUCUACGUCGACAACGUGGGGAUCCUGGGCCUCUCCGUCGCUGAUGCCGCGGCGGGCCUGGCCAGCGUCAUGGAGGAGCUCGACCGCCGGGGCAUCGUGUACCACGAGGUCUGCGAGCCGUCCCUCGAGUUCGGUAUGGUGGGCGUGGUGUAUGAUGGCGCCCGUCGGACUCUGCGCCAUUCCGACGAGCGGGCCUGGCGGCUCUACCUCGCCUGCCUGGAGCUGGAGCGCCCGGGCGUGCCCCGUGCUGCGUGGCAGGUGCGGGUCGUCCUCGGGCACUUCAUCCAGCACUGCCUCCUCUUGCGGCCAGCCAUGUCCAUCUUCCGCCACCUCUACAGGUACGUGGAUGAGUGCCGACUCGGGCCGCCUUCCCCUCUACCGAGUCCCGCUCGGCAGGAGGUCCGCGUCUUCCGAGGGCUCAUCUUCCAGGCGGUCGUCGACCUCGCCGCGCCCGUGUCGGACAUCGUGCUCUGCUCCGACUCCUCCGAGGCGGGCUACGCCCUGCACCGCCGGCGCUGCGACCCCGAGGCGGUGCGCCGGCUCGCGCGGCUUCGGGAGCGCUGGCGCUUCACGCCUGACGAGAAGCGGCCCGAGGCCCUGGAGGACGACACCUACACGCCUGGCUGGCUUCCUGGCGCUGGAGGGGUGCUCGGAGAGGGGGGCCCCAGCUGCGGCAUCGCGACCUGGGCCCCGCCGCCGAGGAGGGCCGACGAGCGCCCCCACGGUACCGUGCGGGCUCGGGUUGCCCAGGCACCGCGGCGGGCGACCUUCGAGGACAUCCCCGACGAGCUCGUCGCCCCAGACGCCUGGUCGCUGGUCGUGGAGGGUGCUUGGAGGACGCGGGCGCCCAUCCAUAUCCUGGAGGCCCGGAUCGCCCUCGCGGGGCUUCGGCACGCCUCCAGGAGCCUCGAGUGCCACGGGCGCCGCGUCCUCAGCCUCGGGGACAACAUGGCCGAGGUGCUCUCGACCGAGAAGGGCCGCGCCGUCGACGUCGGCCUCGGCUCCGUGUGCAGGCGCAGUGCCGCCAUCCAGGUGGCCACCGGCAUCCGCUGGCGGCGCCGCUACAUCGACACAGAGAGGAACGUCAGCGACGGUGGCUCGCGCAAGGCCCUGCAGGGCCUGUACCGCCCUGGCACCCCAGGCGCGUGCCGGCCCCCCCGCGUGACGUGCUCCUUCGGCGAGGUCUUCUCGGGCUGCGGGCGCUGGACUGGUGCCCUGGCCCAGGCGGGCCUCGUCGUCGCGGCCCCCAUGGACAUCAAGCACGGGCCCUGGUGCGACCUCCUCAACCCGAAGGUCGAGUCUCAGGUGCGUUCCUGGAUCACCUCCCGGGCCGUCUGGUUCGUCCACUUCGGCACCCCGUGCACCCCGUGGUCCAUCUCUCGGCGAGGGGCUCGCGAAGUCUCCGCCAUCAGGGCAGCCCGACGGUGUGCUCACGUCACGGUGCGUCUCUUGGAGGUCUGCAGCCGCUACGGGAUUCACUGGUCUCUGGAGAACCCUCAGUCCUCGGGCCUCUUCCGUUGGGCCCCACUCCGGAAGUUCCUGGACCAGCACUCACGCUCCUGGGCUACCUAUCACUGCUGCCGGUUCGGCGCGCCUUACAAGAAGCCCACCACUAUCGUCUCAAGUCUGGGGGCCCUGCACGACAUCGGCCUGCUCUGCGAGGGGGGCCACAGGCACGAGCACUUGUCUGGGAAGGUACGUGUCCGUGCGUCCACGGGAGGGCUCAAGUAUCAGUGGAAGACCACGUUGGCCGGCGCGUACCCCCCGGGCGCCUGCCACCUCGCUGCCAGCAUCUUGGCAGCGGCGGCGCCGCGCGGCGCCAAGAGGCCAGAUGGUGCUCCACUACUUGAGGAACGAUGGCAGGCUGACCUCUGCCGGGCGGCGGGCUGCGACUUCGGUCCUCAGGCCCUCCCGUGCCCGACCUGUCCCUCGCGCUGGGCCCCGCUCUGGAGGUCGGACGCCGAGCAGUGGGGCGGCGAGGCUCCGGCCGAAGGCCGCGGCCCAGUGCGCCGACGCCCCGCCGCUGUUGUGGCCGCGCGGCGGCCUCGCGUCCGACGGGAGCCCGCUGACUACAACCCUGGCUUCCUCCGGCGCUCGAGGGUGACCGCCACGACCGCCGUGCGGUACCACGCCAGCCUGCACGAGUUCGCCGCGCAGAUGGGCCUGGACCCGGCGCGCUGGACCGCCCGCGACCUCCCUGCCGUCGACGCUGCCCUCGACCGCUUCCUCGAGGAGCUCUUCGUGGCCGAGCGGUCGCGGGGCGAUGCUCGGUAUGCGCUGGCGGCUGUCGCCGACCACUUCAACGUCAGCCUCCGCCAGCCUGGGGUCCUCCCGAUCGCACGCGCUGCCAUGGCUGGCUGGGGCAAGCUGGAGCCUGACUCGACUUCGGAUCCCCUCCCGUGGUCGGCCGCGGUGCUGAUGGCGUACCACCUGUCGCGGACUGGCGUCGAGUCUGACCUCGAGGCCGCCCGCGGCCUCGUUGUGCAGUUCGACACCUACCUGCGGCCCUCGGAGCUGGUGCUCAUGCCCCUGGUCGCGUGCUUCACGCCGGGCAUGCACGCUGGGGCUCACUACAACAAGUACGGGAUGGUUGUCGCGCCGUCCUGCCAGGUGGCCGGCCAGCUCGUCGGCAUCCGCACCAGCAAGACCGGCGUGCAGGACGACACCGUCCUCCUUGAUGAGGCCAGCCGACCUGGCGUUGUCGGUGCCUUCGCAGCGCUCAUCCGCCAGGCCCGCCGUGCUCGCUCGCAGACGCUGCUCCCUAGCCACACGUAUGCCUCGUACAAUAAAGUGCUGCAGCGGGCCGCCCAGGCCGUAGGCAUUCCUUUCAAAGUCACGCCUCACCUUGCCAGGCACGGGGGGCCCAGCGAGGACUUCCUUCGCCGUGCCAGGACGCUGCCCGAGAUCCAGGCGCGCGGGCGCUGGGCCUCUUUUCGCAGCGUGCAGAGAUAUGAGAAGGCCGGCCGCCUCCUCGCGGCCAUCCGCAAGCUUCCGCCUGCUGUCCGGGCCGCAGCCUGCAAGGCCGAGGCUCGCGGACUCUCUUUUCUGGCAUGA